GAACUCUGGAUGGGUGGGUCUUGCCUGACCUGGGUAUCAGCCAGGACAAUCGGACCCCAAGCCCGUGGGCUUAAUCCUAGAGGUGUGUGGACCCCUCAGUACCUGGUUAAGGGCUUGGCGGCCUGGGUUAGAUUCCCUGCUCUAGGACCCAGCUGUGUUUCCCUAGGCAAGGCAUUUACCCUCUCUGAGGCCCCCGUGUCUGUACAAUGAAGACAUUAGAGAGUCUAACUCUAGGGAGUUAACACAAUAGCACAGGUGAAGCGCUGGCCAGGCCCCAUGGCAGUUGGGGGAGCAUCAUCUUCCUGCUGGGAGAGUCUGGGGAGCCUCUGGCCCCCUGGCUUGCCUGCCUUCCCAAGCUGGGCAUCUGGGUGUGCCAGGAGUGUCCCCCUGCUGGUUAGACAGGUUUUGGGGAGGGAAGGCAGAGGCGUGGGGCCAGGGUGGAGCUGACCAGGGUUAAUUAGAGGGAGCUGGCCGGGAGCAGCUCCGGGAGAGGGGCUGAGCAGAGGCUGGGCAGAAGCUAAACGUCCAGAGUCCCUGGAUCACAGGUGAGGGAGGCCAUGGGCCAGGGCUUCAACUCUGCCAGACUCAGGCACCACAAACGGCGCCUGCGACCUCGGGUCCAGAAGCCCAGGCAGCAGCCAGAGCGGCUGCAGCAGGAGAACCAUGAGCUCCGCCGGGGCCUGGCUGCACGGGGAGCUGAGUGGGAGGCCAGGGCCGUGGAGCUGGAGGGGGACGUGGAGGCCCUCCGGGCCCAGCUGGGAGAGCAGCGAUCAGAGCAGCAGGACAGCGGCCGUGAGCGGGUGCGGGCUCUCACUGAACUCAGCGAACAGAACCUCCGGCUCAGCCAGCAGCUGGCCCAGGCCUCCCAGACCGAGCAGGAGCUUCAGAGGGAACUGGAUGUUCUUCGGGGGCAGUGCCAGGCUCAGGCCCUGGCUGGGGCAGAGCUGAGGACGCGGCUGGAGAGUCUGCAGGGGGAGAAUCAGAUGCUGCAGGACCGCCGACAGGACCUGGAGAGCCAGAUUCGAGGCCUGCGUGAGGAGGUGGAGAAGGGCCGGGGCAGACUACAGGCAACCCACGAGGAACUGCUGCUGUUACGGCGAGAGAGGCGGGAGCACAGUCUGGAGCUGGAACGCGCGCGCUCCGAGGCCGGGGAGGCACUGAGCGCGCUGCGGAGGCUGCAGCGGCGCGUCUCAGAACUGGAGGAGGAGUCGCGCCUCCAGGAUGUGGACAUCUCGGGAGCCUCGCUGCAGCUGGAGCUUGCCCACAGCCUUGACAGCGACCACGACCAAGACCAGAACACGGACAGAUUCGGAGAUACUCUAGCGAGCUCUCUGUCCACCAGCUCACAACAGACCACCCUGUCCCCGGAGACCCAAGAAACAUCCAGCCACCAGCCUUCACCCCAGAAAGAGAAUUUAGAGCCUCCCAGGAAGCGAGCAUUCCUGAGCCCAGGGGAGAUGCUGGAAGAGAAGGAGGCGGAAGUAGUCCGGUUGCAGGAUGAGAUUGAGUUGCAGCGGACAGAGCUACAGUCCCUGCGGGAUGAGCUGCAAAGGCAGAAAGAACUGUGGGCGCAGGAGGACCCCCAGGAGGCCUUAAGCGGCGCUCUCUCGGACCGAGACGAGGCUGUGAACAAGGCCCUGGAACUGUCCCUGGAACUCAGCCGCGUUUCUCUGGAGCGGGACUCCCUCUCCCGGGAGCUGCUUCGCACCAUCCGCCAGAAGGUGGCGCUGACGCAAGAGCUGGAGGCCUGGCAGGACGACAUGCAGGUGGUCAUCGGACAGCAGCUGCGCUCGCAACGCCAGAAAGAGCUGACGGCGGCCGGGUCCGUCCAGCGCCCCUCGCGGCCGCGCUUCUCACUGCCCCUGGGCCCUGGGCCUGCCGGCAGCUUUCUCAGCAACCUCUUCAGAAGGACCUGAGCACGCGCUGAGGGGGCCGCCUUUGCCCUCCCUGGCUCACUUUCCUCGUCUGGCCAAAGGAGCAACGAGCCCAGAUGGUCUGCCAGUGGGGGCUGGUGGCCUCCCUGCCCAGUAUCGCUGGGCAGGGGCUCAUUGGGAGCAGGGGUCAGCUUUGGGAGCCAGGGACCUCAUGGUGGGUGGCAGGGGCAGGUGUGGCAGAGCUGUUUUUGGAAUCUGUAUAGGUCUGUCCUUUCUAGGCACUAGGCCCCCGACCCUGGCACGCUCCAGGGCAGGGGUGGGGGUGGGUAUUUAUGUAUCAAGAUCAGAGUAAUAUAUAAAUCAUUACACUAA